UAGGCACAGUUCAGCUGAAACACUCAAUAUGUUUUCCCUGCGACUUCUGGUUCUCCUUGGUCUUCUACUGGCCACUCAGGGAAGAGUCUUGGAUCGGCAUAAUACUCUUGAAAUUGCACCUUCAGCUGAAGGAACUAAGACCGUAGAGGUCAAGCAGGAAGUGGCCAACGGAAACCAGGAAACUCAAACUAAAUUGACUAGCUCUUCCAAUCCUCAAGAGCUUCCGACAAACCCGACUUCUGAAGCUAUUGAGCCCGUUGAAUUGAAAGUUACCAAUGAAAACCAGGCAACACAACCUCAGGAGGUCAACUCCAUCAAUGCCCAAGUUGUCCAGGAAAGCCAGGGUCUCUCCGAUGUCAUUAAUCCCACAGAGGUUGUAACAGAAGUCAUCAAAGGAAGUCAAGAAAACCUACCUAUUUCCAAUGAAAUACCUAAGGAUCAGGAACUGCCCAAGUCAGAUGUGAGCACUCAAAACCUUUCUAAUGUCCAGGAAAGCCAGGUUCCCUCUGAUGCCAUUAAGUCCAUAGAGGUUGUACCAGAAGUCACCAAAGAAAGUCUAGAAAUCCAACCCAUUUCCAAUGAGAUACCUAAGGAUCAGGAACUGCCCAAGUCCGAUGUGAGCACUCAAAACCUUCCAAAUGUCCAGGAAAGACAACCCCAGCUGGUAAACGCCAAGGUAGAUCCUUCUGAUGACAUCAAAACCGUAGAAGUUUCACCAAAAGUCACCAAAGAAAACCAGGAAGUCCAAGUGCAAGAAGCCCAACCCAAUUCCAAUGAGAUACCCAAGGAUCAGAGACUGCCUCAAAAAGAAGUAGUCCCUGCUCAAACCCUCCCCAAUAUUCAGGGUCGCUCUGUUCAAGACCUGGACAAGAUCUUCAAGUACCCGGAAGUUCAAUUGAUUAACGGAUCCUCAUCCUCUUCCAACCAGUAUCAGAACCUCUACAACAAAUACCAAUUCUAUCCAAAGGUGGAAAUCAUUUCCGUGGUGAACACCACGACAACGGAUGCCAUUUCCAACCAGAAGAAGACCGGAUUUCCCUUUCCCUUCCUGCCCAAUCCCAUCGAGAAACUGGAUCAGCAGCAACCCAUCUUUAUUAAUCUGAAUCAGACUGCCAACUCCACAGGCAAUGUGACCUACCACACACACAUCCCCGAGGAGACCAAGCUAUUGCCCUUCCUGCCCAAUCCCUUAACGGACUUCCCCAAGGUUGUGGGUCUCAGCUUGGUGCUCCUUCCGAAUCCCUUCUAUGUAAACAAGUCUCAGAGCCAGAACCUGACUGGAUCGCAGGAUAAUGUGGCAUACGAGUACCUUACAAAGUUCCGAGCCUUUUCGGAAAAAACCCAAAAGGAGCAGAAACAGCGGCAGCAGCAAUCUCAGAAGCCCAAUUUCUACCUGAUCCCCAAUCCUCUGGCCAAUCAGGUUUCCAAAGAUGGUAAAAAGGGCGAUGCCAAUGCCGUGCUACCCGUGAACCUGGCUGCUCUGCCUCUUUUGGUUCCCGCUCCGGAAGUGUUCCAAGGCAAGGCUUCUUCGGGCAGCGUCAGUUUCCAGGAUCUGAUCAAGGCCACCAAUGUGCAGGUGAGCCAGCCUCUUCAGCUUCAGGCCAACAACGGUCUCAGCCAAAUUCAGAAGGACCGGGCUGCCAUCCAGCAGCUGAUCCUCAGCCAUCUCAGCGAGCAGCAGAAACUGUUCCAGCAAUCUUUGGGAAGCGGAAAGAGCUCCCAUUCGGCUGGACCGGUUGGAGUCGUCCAGGAGGAGGAGGAGAGCUCUGUUCUGUUCGCUGUGGAGAUCCCGAAGCCCAUCUACCGCUUCUUCAAGGGCAUCUUUGGGGGUUUCUCCAAGUGAGAAGCCAGAAGAAGAUCAGCCCGACCGAAAUAACAAUCAAUAGCUAAGGAAAAACUAGUAUAGAGCACUUAUUAAUAUUCAUAAAUAUUCAUUAAAUAAAGUAAAUUGCAUACCCACUUUAUAAGAAA